AUGGUCGUUAUUAUACUAUCUUCUUGGGUCAUUUUCUUCUAUUCUUGGCUGUAUAACGCGAAUUGUUCGCUGGACGAAGGUGGGUGUUUUUGAAAUAUGUAAACAACAUUUUGUAGCAAACAUUUCUAAUUUAAGCUCUUAAUUUGUCACAGUUACUUAUCAGCAUGAUCACAACAACAUGUGUGUGAUAUAGAUAAGACUAUUUUGCAUUUUAUAACGUAGAAAUCUAUCGAAAUAUGGGCAAAAAUAAGCGAUCGCACCAUGUAUAAAACCAAGAAUUCGAUUGUCAGUUUUGAAACAGAUCGCUAUGAGUUUUUAUUUCGCAGAAUUUAACAAGUACACGGCAUGUGUUUUGGAUAUAAAUCCGUUAUGUAAUCUGAGUAUAUGAUUAUAUAUCUGUGAAUCUAGUAUCUGUAUUAGAAUCGAUCAUAGUUUUCAUUCCAAAACCUUUUAGCAGAAAUGUUACCCCACAUUUUAUAUAAGCAUGUAGUCGUGAAUGGAAUUAUAUAAAGCGUCCAUAUAUUAGAAAUGUCCAAAUGAAUAAGUCGUGUUUUCUGUGUUAAUUAAACUUAAUUGGUCUAACAGAUUUAGUCCGGAUAUCAAUUGGUAUGUUAAUGAUAUAGUACUGCCCUGCCUGCUAUUGUGAUGUCUUAUUAAAUGGCCAUUCUUUGUUCUGAAAAAUUCAAAAUAUACUGUAUUAUGGUGUGACAGCUAUACUCAACAGAAUAUUGCAUCUUAAUAGUUAAGAGAUGUGGGCAGGUAUUCUUGUAUUAAUCCAUUGAGUGGCAGUACUCUCUCUUGACAAGUAAUAUUGUCUGGUGUUAGACAGAGUACAGUAACAUAAUAAAGUAUGGCACCUCAGGGCAUGUUGGCACUUAAUUAAAGGGUUAACAUUGGAAUUGUCUUACCUCUCUGAUAUCAGUAAAUUGUCUGACAUUAGACUGAGAGAGAUUAAGCAUACCCUACUUUGUUAUUUUACUCUGUCUUACAGAAUAAUUUUACUUUGCAAUAGUACGUCAUUUUAUUUUGCACAAAAUCAUGUUACUUUGUGCAAUUAGCGUGCAGGCAUGCGCCCAGCCAUGGCUGUAACGAGCGCAAAGAAUUGCUGGCUUAAAUCUCCAAAUUGCUAUAACAAAGAGCAAUUCAUAUUGUCUGGCGUUAAACAGAGUAAAUAAAAUAAAUUAGGGCACGUCAGGGCCCAAUGUGACUCAAUGGGACGGGGUUAACUAAUAACUAUUAAGCGCCAGCACUCUCCCCUUGGCAAGUAAAAUCGUCUGGUGUUAGACAGAGUAAAAUAAUGAAGUAGGGCGCAAUGCGACUCAGUGGGUUAAGCUGUAAUCCCAAGCUAAUUAAUAAUAAUCUCCCAUUGAUGAUGAAGUCAGAUUACCUGCUGAUCAGUGCAAUCCACCCCAAUGCCUUUGGACUUUGUUAUUCUUAACCCACUCUGUCGAACCCCAGAGUACUUCACUGAUAAUUUAGGGGGGGGACAUUUUGCAUUAAUUAAUGGCUCAAGCCAUCACUUGCAGAAUCCUUGGAUUGACUCUUUUCUGAUUUUCUUAGAAACGAAAACCGUGGAAAACAAAGAGAUGUCAAAAGUCCAAGUGCUUGCCAUCAGGUUGACAUCUGCCAACAAAGAAAUUGGAAGUUUGCAAAAUGAGAUUUACAAAUUGAGAAGAUCGAUCAGCAGGCAAGAAAUGGGGUCACGGAGGGCAUGCAAUACUAACAAGACGGAGUUGACAAGCGACUGUCAG